UCACAGCAUGUGGGUCAAAGUUCGUACAAUUCUACUCCACUUCCUUUCCUAGCAGCGGAGGCCGUAGUAACAGUACCAAAAUGGGCAAAUUUAUGAAGCCUGGGAAGGUGGUGAUGGUCCUCGCUGGACGUUACGCCGGCCGCAAAGCUGUCAUCGUGAAGAAUAUCGACGACGGCACAGCCGACCGGCCUUACAGCCACGCCCUGGUGGCCGGCAUCGACCGCUACCCUCGCAAGGUAACCGCCACCAUGGGCAAGAAGAAGAUCGCCAAGAGGUCCAAGAUCAAGGCCUUCGUCAAAGUCUACAACUACAACCACCUCAUGCCCACGAGAUACUCCGUAGACAUCCCCCUGGACAAAACGGUGGUGAACAAGGAUGUCUUCAGGGAUCCCGCUCUCAAAAGCAAAGCCAGACGUGAGGCCAAGAUGAAGUUUGAAGAGAGGUACAAGACGGGCAAGAACAAGUGGUUCUUCCAGAAGCUCAGAUUCUAAAUUCACCUGAUUUCACAAAUAAAACUGUUUAAAAAAAAAAAAAAAUAAUAAUAAUAAUCUGUUUGUGUGCUUAGCUUUGUGUCCCGGCCCACUAAGCAUUACAUUACUUAUAGUCCUGUUAUGUUGCAUCGUUUGUUUUUCCCCUUAAUCUAGUUAAUUAAAAUGUUAUUUUCUUGAUCUCAUUAAAUUUAAACAUUAUUGUUUACUUGAUUAGUUUUCUAUCAGUCAUUUAAAUCAUAUCAAAAUUAAUUUUUAAAUAGAUUUUUUUGGUAAAAAAAUACAGUAGUGAAAAACAUUUUGUAAAUUGUGUUUUGUUUACAGUCAAAAACGGUAACAUUAAAUUGGUUAAUUGUUCUCUACAUUAAUUUUUUUUUGUAAUCAUGGUGUUUUUAAAUUGUAAAUUAAAAAGUAAACUAAUUUUACAUGUUUCUUUAGUGGUUAAUACAAAUUAAAAGUAAUUUUACAUACACAUUUAAAAUUUGUAUUUAUUGUGAAUAAUAGUUCAUUACAAUUAAAACUAAUUUAAUUCAAUUUACAUACACAUUUGAACCUGAUCUGUCCAUUAUAAAAAUCAGCAGACCGGAUGGACACAAAUGGGCUUUAAUGUAAAAAUAAUGCAGACUAGCUGUAAACAGCACAUACAAAGAGAAAAGGGACAUUUCAUGGAGAAUAUUCAGCGGAAGACACGCGGACCAACCAAUGGUGGUCAGCAGGCACUUGACGAGGGCACACUGAAGAUGGCUCAACUCAUUUCAUUUCAGACAAUAUAUCAUUUAAAAACAUGGAAGAAAAAAAAAAACAAUGCAGGCGGCUAACAUUUGCUCGCACGAAUAAAUCUCCACAUUUAGGGCCUUUGUCUGUGCAGCCGCUUGUCCUACCUGGCUUUGAGUGCAAAAUGGCCCCAUUCGUCCGUCCACAGUAACAGUUUAAAAAAAAAAAAAAAAAAGCACCGCAAUGCAGCUCAUCGCUGAGCUACAACUACCGUCUUAAUAAGGAGUACCAUUGUGCUUGCUAUAUUACAGUCUAUUCAUAAAGUCAAGCUGUGUUGUUGCAUACAGUUCAUAUUGCUCCAAGACCACUGGCUACAGUCUCUUGUCUCUGUGGAGUGGCAGGAGUGCAUUAGUGGUUUUAGAUAUGUAAGAAAAGAGAGAGAGCAGAGGGGGGGAUUACUGGUGGCCCAAAGAGGAAUUAUGGGAUGUAACUGUUGAUUCUACUG